AUUGGCAUUGGCAUUUGAUUCUAAGCGCUCGACCCUACAUAUUCUAUGCGCAUUGCGGACGUCUCAAUCUAUUAGGAACAGCUUACAUACCCAAGUUCAAUAACUGGUCGAAUGUAUCAAAUUGAGAGGACAUCGAGCUCAUUCAUAAAGAGCACCGACCUCUUCUAUCUUUAGUGCAAUAGUUAUUUCUCCACUCGGUCUUCUGACACGUAAUUUCCUCAAAUCCUAUUGCUCAUGGCGCUUCGGCGGUAUACAUCAUCAAUCGACGGUACUAUUCCAGUUCCCGCACUCCUCUAUGACGAUGAAGAACUUUUGGCAUCCCAGGAUGGCGUAGGCAUAUAUGAUGGUCUGCAGAAGGCUCCCGACCAUCAGACAGGCUCUGUUCACGUCUCUACGCAUCGCCUAUUUUUCGUUCAUUCCCAGAACCCUACAUCAUAUUCUUUUACUAUGGGUCUACUCCAUGUGACACGGACGAAUUAUUAUGCUGGCUUGUUCAAAUCUUCGGCGAAGAUCUCACUCUUCCUCGACCCCAAUACUGCCUUGCCUUUGACCACAACGUCCGGGCAGCGAACAGAAAUAUUCGAGAGCUGGGAGUGCGAAGUCUGCAGCCAUCGCAAUCCUCCAGGUUUAAGUCCAGCCGCAGCCCGAAUAUGUGCUCUAUGCGGCGUUCCGCGCAGCGCAUCUGCUGUAUCAAUAGCGUCGGAGGCAUCAUCUCAAAUUCAAUCCGUGUUCUCCUCCCUUCCCGAGUCUUCAUAUACCUCUCUGUCUUCCUCGAGUUCUCCAGGACCUCCAUCCCCUCCAUCAACGAAUGAUGAUUCUGAUGGAAUUGCGUGUCCUGCAUGUACCUUCCUUAAUCACCCAUCUUUGCGUGUCUGCGAAAUAUGCACAACGCUGCUUCCCAAUGCUGAACAUGCUGGGAUUAUGAGAGCCAAAUCCGCCCCCUCCACUCGACCAGUAUCACCCGUAGAUGACACCAUCGAUCCCGCAAAUCUCCUCAUCAAAUUAAGCUUCCGCAAAGGCGGUGACAAACCAUUUUACAACGUACUCAGGCGUGCACUUAAAUCUCAGGCUUGGGAGGGCAAACGAAUUGGUCAUAAUACAAGAAGCGGGACUUCUGGCCUCGCAAGCCCUAAUUACGGGCCGACACCCGUUGCCAUGCGUCCUUCUGGAAUAGACGGAAUCAUGCGUAACGUAGAAACUUCGGCCCAUAUUACACAAACAGAUCUAAGCGAUGCCCUGAAAGACUUAGAGGGCUUAAUGAUGAAAGCAAAGGAUCUCGUUCACCUGGCGGGGGAGCUAAAUGAGAAACUUACUGCAUCCUCUACAAUAACCACGACAUCAACACUUGCUUCUCCAUUUUCGACGACUUCAUCCUCAUCAACCCCAGGCACCCAAUUGUCAAGUCCAUUUUCGACGACCACGCUUGUUCCUUCGACGGAGCCCGAAGAAGCCAAAUUUAUACGUUCUUCACUUGCGCAGCUAGGUUUACAAAUGUCUAAUGCUCCCGUCACGCUGGACAUGAUCAGGGAUGAAAGAAGGUGGGUAGAAGAGUUGGCGCGGGAACUGGCAAGGGUAUUGCAAGGGUCGCCAGAUGAUAUUCCCGGUCAGAAAUCUGUCGGAAUUAUGAAAGAACGGGGAAUUGUUGGGCUGGAUGAGGUUUGGGGCGGAUGGAAUCGCGCGAGAGGCGUAGCUUUAAUUCCGCCAUCCACUUUUCUGCAAGUACUCCCUAUCCUCCCGGCAUACACGUCACCGCCUAUCCGCAGCAGAGUGUUUAAAUCAGGAUUAUCCGUCCUCCACAUUCCACCGUACACCCACGCUUCGUUCACGGCCCGCAUAGUGGGCUAUCUAACUAUGUCUGGUGUGAUGACAACAAGUCAGAUUGCUCAUGAGGAGAAUAUCACGAUCGGACUUGCAGACGAAAUGAUCGCUGCUAUUGAAGCUGAUGGUGUGAUCUGCCGGGAUGAUGAAAGAUCGGCAAUCAAAGGGGGCGGAAGUGGGAUUGCAUCAGAAGUUAGGUGGUCAAGGAACGUCUUUUUGGAAUAUACUUGGGAUGGUCAAUUGUGAGUAUGCUUACAUCAAAGUUUGCAGCUAGUGCCUUAUGGACCCCCCAAUAUAUCAUGGGAGUUGUUGAAGAGUAGAUGCUGCGGACCAAGAUACGACUCGGAGAACUCGGGGACUCGGGAAAACCCCGUGCAAUCCUAGUUUCGUCAGCAAUUGUUAAUAGUUAACAAUUGCAAUUGCUUUGAUUUUUCUGGCAUGUUUGGCAAAAGCU